GUCUUGUAUUUUGUUUUGUUUUGUUUAUCUUUCCUUGUUGCUUCCUCUGACCGUCGGACACAAAAUUUUCAAAAAUUUUAGUUGAUUUUUAAUAAAAUAAGCCUAGUAUUAUUUGUAUAUACGGAGUACUUAUGUGGGACAACUUGUGUGGUUGAUAGAAGACCUUCCAAGAAUGGUAAAAAGAUCGUUUAUUGGGAUUUUCAUUUGGGUUCUAAUGGUGACCGUUGAUGGGUUUUGCUUGUGCUAAUUUGGGUCUUCUUCGUUUGUUGGUGUUCUGUUUAGGCUCUCUGUGAGUUGAGGAAAAUGAUGGAGCUGGUUAAUGAAGAGCUAAAUGGAGAGGUAGAGGGAGAGGGAGAGGAAAUGGAGAGAGAACGGUUAUCUGUUGCUCCUCUCAUGGAGACACAAAUUCAGCGAACACAUUUUCCCGGUGCUGUGAGAAAAAAAUCCUAUAUAUUUGAUGGAGAAGGGAAUUUUUAUAACAAGGAAUGGGAUCUUACGGAGGGUAGCGGCAAAGAGUUUUGUUGGUACCAUGUGGAACUUCCGAAAGGGAAUCAGAAGCUAUCACAAUCUGCACAAUACCUCAUUGAUGUUCUCUGCCCGCCCCUGAAACUCCAGGACAUUCUUUCACUCGUUAGCAAUGGACCCUUUUGUGGGCAUGUUGAUGGUGCUCUUGUUUUCAGAGUUAAUUCACCAGGUCCUCCUUCUAGCAAUUAUACAUUCAGAAUUGCCGCAAGAGUUACUGAGAAUUCGGUAAUUACAGUGUCUUUGGGCCGUGUUCCCAGAUUGGGUUUUUCGCCAAUUGGACAAUCUCUUCUCUCUGAGAUUCCUAGUGUAGAGAGUCCGGAUUAUGUUAGAGGGGAGCGGAGGGAAAGAGGUGGAAUUGUUAUCAGGGAGCAUGUUUUGGAAUUUUUAUUGACAAUGAACCAUUCUGAGGAGGCUGAUAAUCCUGUCCCGAAAUCUGUCUCCGAUCUUGUUGUACACAUUAUUGACACGCACGUUGAUCACCUCCAAGAUAUUGUGACCAAACUUGAGAUUGAGCUGGAUGGAGUAGAGAUAGAAAUGGAUAAAGGUGGUUUUGCUUUGAAAAAACAAAUGCUGGAUGAUAGAAGAUUCCCAAAAAUGCAUCUUAACUUGCAGCGCCUCCUGCAGGUGAUUGCGCAUGGGGAGCAAGUGUUUUCACUAGUUAGGGAGAAGUGCUCUUCAAAAAGUUGGUUUGCCAAUGAGGAAAUUAAUUCCAUUGAAGAGUUAAUUGGACGGCUCAGGAGGCUAAAGGAGACUGUUGGGUUUAUAGCCAAUCGUGUGACAGCGAUCCAGGCUGGACUUGAUAGUUGGCAAGCUGAGCAAAUAAAUAAAAAACUAUACUACCUCUCAUUUCUUUCGAUCGUAUUCCUUCCUUUAUCCAUUAUCACUGGAGUGUUUGGGAUGAAUGUGGGAGGAGUUCCAUGGACCGGACAAGAUGCCCCAGAGCUAAGGGACGGGUUCCGCAAUGUCAUGUUUCUUUGUGUGGGAAUGCUACUGUUUGUGCUUCUUUGCUUCGUUUUCCCAUUUCUUUAUACCCAUGUAACUGCUUGGAACAGGAGAAGAGUUAUGAGGAGAAGCUGGUCUCUCAACAGGAAGUCAUUCCUCAAGAGAACUUUAGGAAGUGUAGAAAGAGGAAAUUACCUUCGGAUUUGAGGGGAAAGGAAAUGGAUAGACUGUUGAUGCGAAAAAUCUUUCUUCCAUUUGAGCAAGUUGGUUCAAGAUGCAUUUCAUGCUGGGGCUCAAUCGAUGAUAUUUUCCUUACAACUUCUCUGGAAAUGGGAACAAUUAUCGAGCUAUUGUUUCCACUAAUCUCAGGCGGUAUGGAUUUCCUAAUUGAAGAUGAGCUGAGCCAAUUUUCCAUUGGUUCUGAUUUUUCUUUUCCCUACCAAUUCAGUUCGUAGUUCCUUGUGUUUCUCGACAGCAUACUGAUUUUUUUGUUCAUUUUUUAGUUCCUUGUGUUUCUUGAUAGCUCUUGACCUGUACUAUACGGAUUUUUCAUUUUUUUACACACGCUGAAAUUUGUACUCUUGUCUGAUUCAUGUUAAUGGCAAAUGCUGCUUUGAUGGCAUUGACAUUUCA